CGCGUUUGUGUGUGUGUUGUUUGGCAACGGAUACAAGCCAACAACACGCAAGACCACCAACACAGCCGAGCAAGCAAGCAAGCUACAAAGGGAGCAGCAUCAGACAGCGACCAACAACAACAACAACAGUGCCAGUGCAACUUGCGGGCCAUCAUGAGUGAGGGUGUGGGGCGCGUGGCUUGGUGGGGGCUGUCCCCCGCGAUGGACCCUGUGACGACGCUUUUGGAUGCCGAGGUGGUGCAGGCGGACGGAGACGAGCCCAUCAACGUGCUGCUCGUUGGGGCGAGCGACUGCCGCCACAUGCUGAAGAUGUUGGCUGCUGCAAAGCGAGGCGACCCGCCAUACAACAAAGGGCGGCAAGUGAACGUGUAUGUGGUGGAGAGUCGCAUGGAAGUGGUGGCACGCCACCUCCUCUUGCUCAGCAUCGCUAUGAAGCCAACAGAGGAGCUUGGGUUGCAAGAGCGCACCCAUCUCUUCCUCGAACUCUUUGGGAACAGUCAUGUCCGACCUGUGACCAACGAGUUUCUGUGCCAAGAAGCGACCCGCCUCAUCCGGCUGGUGACGGACCCCGAUGAGAUGCAGCAACAGAUGCCGUGGUUCCGCAUCAACCACCUCAAGUUUCGCGAAUGCGAUGACUUGGAAGCCAUUCUCAAGUUCUGGCGCACCGAUGACACAGAGGUGUUUCCCAUCGCAGCACACUGGGACGAGCGCCUACGCAGCUUCUACAAGCAGCGGUAUGACGUGCGGACGAAUUUGUACGACUGGGACUAUUCGAUGAACAUCAGCGAGAAGGCGCCCAUCAUUAACGCCAGGCAGUUUGCACGAUGGAGGGAGACGGGCCUUGCCUUUGAGCUGCACGACACGACAUAUGAGAUUCCAAACAGAACGCUCGCCUCUGGCGAACUCCUCAAAUCGCGGGAAGGGACGGUUGCACGGCGCGGGUAUUGGGGCGACAUCCUGACAGGGCCGUAUGUCUCGUUUGGAAUUGAGCCCACGAACGAGAAAAUGUUGGAGAAGCGCAACGACCAAUACGUCAAGAGUGCGGUGGAUGUGUCUGAGGACGAGGUGUCGCAACUAAUGGCCGAACUCCUCCCGGCAGCAGAGGCGGCAGAUGACACAGGAGCGCGAGUGACGAUCCACGUGCUGUCUCCCAACAGCUUGGAGACGCUGACGAGGAAGCGCAAGUUCCAGCACAUGUUCCACGCCAUGUUCUUCUCCAGCAGCAUGGCGCAUUUGCUGUCGCCGGAUGUGCAAUUGGCGGCAAAGCCAAACGCGCGGCUGUUGAUGGAGACGGGCAAGUUUGUGCUCGCACUCAACAAAGAGCAGACGCAGCAGUACCUCGACAAGACUAUUGAACUGGCGCAAGCGGCUGGAUUCAGCCCCGUGAAACCGCCGACUGUGAAUGAUGCGGUCUAUGUGUGCAAGCGCAACGAAGAUGCAUCGCAGUAGUGACCAUGCUGACGUGUGCGUGUGCGUGUGUGCGCGUGUGAGUGUGAUAUUCACAUGUAUUCGCGUGUGUACACCACCACUCAUACAGAGAAAAGAAGCACG